AUGCGUAAUUCACAGGGGAAGUAUACAGCAGCUUCAGGGAUUUCUGUUGCAUAUGGCUAUAAAUCAAAAUCAGAAUUACUCAGAGGAUGGUUAGUCUAUAAAUUGAUUUCAUAUGAUGUAAUUGUCAACAGUCUUCCGAAGUUAAUUCGAUGGUCUAGCAAUAUUUUUGGUCAAAAUUUAUUUGAGAAAUUAAUGCGUACGACACUUUACGGUCAAUUCGUAGCUGGUACAAAGACGGAUGAAGUGAAACAAAUAGUUGAUAAAUUUAAACAAUAUAAUGUUAAAGUAAUAUUAGAUUAUUCAAUGGAAUCAGAUAUCUCAACGUCGAUAACAGCGUCUAACAAUGUUCAUAAGUCAUCAUUUAAUACCGAAUUAGAUGAAUCAAACACAUUCAAAAUUUACCAUCCUGAUGAACGAAUAUUCAAUACAAAUAUGUUUAAUUACAUAAAAAAUAGUAAUACAUCACGAGAAUUAUGUGGGCAAUCAAGUUUUAUUGCCAUGAAGAUAACAGCACUCGUUCGUCCACUGGUAUUACAAAAAUUAAAUCAAUUUUUGGAGAGUAGAAUAACUGAUCAUAACCUAUUUGAUACAAUAGACUCUCUACUAACAACCAAGAAUGAUUUUACUCAUUCGCUAACCCCUAAUGAACUUGGUGAAAUUUCUAAUUUAUUAUUGCGUAUAAAUCGAAUUAUUCAAACUGUUAAAAAAAAUGAAGGACGAAUAUUUAUUGAUGCUGAACAAUCGUACUUUCAAACAGCAAUCAAUAAAAUAGUUAUACAUUUACAACGAUUAUACAACAGAAACAAUUUGUUGGUAUACAAUACUUAUCAAUGCUACAAGAAGAAUACCUUAAACAUAUUACGAGAUGAUUUGAAAAAAUCAAAAGAGGAUGGAUUUUAUAUUGGCUAUAAGCUUGUUCGAGGUGCAUACAUGGAUCAAGAACGGAGACAUGCUGUUGAGACCGGUGUAGAAGAUCCAAUACAUUCCAAUUUUAAUGCUACUACAGAAUGUUAUAAACAAGCACUGGUUGAAACUCUUAAUUUUACUGAAUCAAAUUUUGUCCGAGUACUUGUAGCAUCUCAUAAUGAAGAUACUGUUCGAUUUGCUCUAGAACAGAUGGAAAAACGGGGUAUAAAACCAGCUGAUGAACUUAUGUCAUUUGCAACGUUGUUUGGAAUGUGCGAUUAUAUCACUUUUACUCUUGCUAAAUCAGGCUUUCAAGUCUAUAAACUAACACCAUAUGGUCCGUUAUCAUCGUUAUUGCCUUAUUUAACGCGACGUGCACAAGAAAAUCGUGGCAUAUUUGCGAAAGCCUACAAAGAUCGCCUUUUACAUUAUCAAGCAUUAAAGGAUCGAUUAUGA